UCCAAAGCGGCUUGCUUUGAAUUAUUCCUCCGCAAUUUCAUACUAAAAUGUUAUUGAAGUGAAGUUCAGAGAUUUUUUUGUUCUGAACAUUAUGCAACAAGUGCUAAUGAAGCCCACUCUAGUGGUAAUGGCCGUGUUGAGUAUGUACCAAUUAUCAGGGGCCAAAGCAUGUACAAAUCUUCCUGCAAACCAGACUACCUUUGAUGUACAUUAUUGGAACUUUUAUCCUUAUACUAUAGGCAAUCUAUCAAACCCUCACAAUGGUGUGUUCAAUUUACUAAUUCACAACUUAUCAAAUCGCUCAAAUAUGACGUUGAGACAAGUGAAAAAGCACAUGUAUCAAGAAAUCAUAGGGUUACCCAGCAGUGGGCCAAAAAAUCAGAUUGCAGUACCUAUUCUAAUUGAUAUGGAAGAUAAGAAUCCUUGUUUGGUUAAAGUCUUUAAAUCAUCAGGAUACGCCUACGUGGUUCGAAGAGAUGUCAAGAAACCACUACAUCAACUCGCUGGCUCGUUCRUAAAUGGUGGUCAAGUGAUUGGACUUACUCUUAUAUUGACGGGUAUAGCAGGAAUUUGCAUGUGGCUUUUGGAUCGACGCAAGAAUCCCGAUAAUUUUCCAGCUCCAUUCAUCAGUGGAUCAUGGCAGGGAUUUUGGUGGGCAUUCGUUACCAUGACGACCGUUGGAUAUGGAGAUCUUGCACCCAAGUCAGUCCCAGCAAGAWUGUUUAGUGUUUUGUGGAUGCUGCUCGGACUUGUUGCAUUCUCUGUUCUCACGGCAAACUUUACGUCUUCUCUGGCACGAGAAAUAGAGACAGACCUCAACUUAUUCAACAAAAAGGUAGCGGUUUUGGAAGAGGGCAUCGAGCGAAGGGCUGCUGUAAAUGUCGGUGGGAAGUACGAAGAAUUCAACUCAUUUGAGGCUAUGAUGGCAGCACUAAAAGCAGAGAAAGUCGAGGGACUGUUAAUAGACAAGCACGCAGCAGUCAGCAGUGAAGAGAUCAUUGGUGAAGAUUCGAAAACAAUAGAAAUUGGAAAGAUGAUCGACUUCAAUCAUUUCAUUGGAAUGAGACUUAUUAUGCCAGACGUCAGUAUGUGCGACGCUGUCAAGCAGUGUAUUGAACGGCAGGUUGAAGGAAGCGCCUUCCAAGGAACCAUAAUGSAAGCCCUUUCCAACUCAACCAAGGCAAACGAUGACCUCGAACAUGCAGGAAGCCUGUUUGAAGACUAUGAAUUUUUCAUCAUAUUAAUCGCUCUUUUCAGUGCAAUGACAGGGGUUGGAGUCCUCUGGGAGUAUUUCUGGUACAAGCCAAACAUAUUGAAAGCAAUGCAGAACAAAACUGAAGAUAUUGAAAUAAGUAAGACAAAUCUUCUCAAAUAUAUCCUGACAGAAAUAGAGGUUCAAAACCUUUGUCAAACAUGCUGUGGGACGAUAGAUGCAAUAUAUCAAAAAGAUGGUCAGGAAAGGAAASAACGGUUGCAAGAAGAACUAUCAGCUUCCCCGACAAUAAAAAUAGACAACCUAAUUCCAUUUAGGAGAGCGAAAAAGCCCCAAGAAAGUGACCAAGUUUAGUUGUGGAGUCAGYGAGAAAGAAAUAUCUAAUGAAACAUUUGAUGUUCUCACUUGGUUUACUACUUGUGUCUUGUUGGUUCGCGCUUAAAUUGACAUCAGUAUGACGCACGCCUACAAUUACUACUCUUAGCAAGGCGACACUUAAUUAAUGUAAAUAUUCAUCAGUAUGAUAAAUAUGAAACUGUCUGAAGGUCAAGUAUUUUUCCUUGGUUUUGAUAGACUGUUUUUUUGAACUCCGAUUUAUCAUGCAUYCCCUUUUUUCUUCAUUGCAUCCCGUAAUUUUCGUUCUAACAUUUGCACUUUGAAAUAAAUCGGGGAAAAGCUUCAUUAGAUAACGAGUUAGUAGACCUUUUUAGACAGUGUAUAUGUAAAGCAUCUUUUAAUUCGGGUUUAUAUUUUUAACUGGGUUUAUUAUGUUUUAGUUUCUAUUUUAUGAUAUAAAUUUUGAAGGUUUUGUCUUCCACAAUAAAAUAGCGCAGGUUUUGUAGAUGA